AUGAUAGAUCCUGCAGAUAUUCACGACAAUACAUUUGACAAUCCAAGCUUUAAUGAUGACAACAACGAUAGUGACGAUGAGCUUGCAAAGGCUGCCAAACCAAGAGUCCUGGCAAAAAGUUUAAUACCGACUAUUACCCAAGGAUUGGAUGCCAGUGACGUGUUGGAAUGCUAUACCCUGUUGCGCAGCGUCCCUCUUCACGGAAUGGCCAAUUCUACUUUGCACAUUCAAAAGCCUGCCUUGGGAUUUCGAUAUCGACCGCUGGGCGGCACGGGGACGGCCAUGCUCACCAAGCCGGUCGAAAUCACCUUGGAAUAUGGACCUCAACGGGUGGGGACUGCUUUAGAUCGCGAUGCCACUCCACUGGCCCAAGUAAAAGAUGGGAGUGCGAUUCUGACUUGGGAUAAUGAAGCCAGAAUCUACUAUACUACCAAAAUUGUUUCAGGACGAUACAUGAGUUCCUAUUAUAUGGCCAGUAUGACAGGAACCGUUUUGGAAAAAAUGCUGGCCAAGGCUGUCGAAUUUGCCGAACAACGACGAAAGUAUCAACCCUUUUCGGUAUAUUCUCCCGAAAACGACAAACUAUUGAAAUCCUCUUCCAGUCAAGACUUUACCAGCUUUAUCUGGAGGGAAUUGGCGUCUCUUGGGGUGGAGAUUGCUCCCAUUUUGCCUCCACCCAUGUACGAACCUCGACUUUGGGCCAAAUCGGUGACCAAAAUUAGUCCAGAAGGCAAAGUCGGAUACGAUGCGGCCAUGUUUUAUUCGCAACUGUAUCAAUGCUUGACAGCCAUUGCCUUCAACGACUACACGCCGUACAUUCCCACUGCUCAGCCGUCGAUAUCGGAAGGACCCUCGAUUAUGCCUUCGAACGCGCCCACUUUGAGUCCCAGUACGUCGGAACAGCCCUCCGUGAACCCCAGUAGAUCGGACCAACCAUCUGCUUUGCCUUCCAACAACAACAACAACGACAACAACAACAAUUCCACAAGCGACGGAAGCAAUAGUGCUACACAUAAUAAUCCUCUCAACUCCACGAUUGGCGGUGAGGAAGAUAGUGGUGGUGGUGAAUCCAACGUCGACGGUGGGGAAACUGUUGUCAAUCAGGACGGGGAGGAAGAUAAUGGUGACGAUGAUGAUGGCGAUGAUGAUGAUGAUGUUGAUGGCGACGGUGAUGAUGAUGGAGACAGGCAUGACAAUGAUAUGGAUAGAGACGAAGAUGAGAACGACGUUGGCGACCUUGAUGCUGGAAACCAUACCAGGCGGAGAAGGAUGGACGAAGAACUAGAUCCAAUCACUUCUAUUGAGGAAACUAAAAAUGACGAUUUUGAGGUCAUUGAUGAAGAUGAGGAAUUGGAGGAUGUUGAGCCUAGUCUGCAACCAUCGAAUUCUGUAGCUCCGUCAAACUUCCCGUCUUCGACGCCAACAACAAUACUAAUGGAAAUCGACGACGAGGCAGCAGCACAUGCAGUAAAAGAAGCGACUAGUAAGAUGCAUGAGGCAGAAAACGCAAUGGUGGCUCAAGCCGCUAUGGAUGGCCUAUUGAGUGGAGAUGGAGAUUCAAUGGCAUUGGUGAUCACUUCCAGUUGCCUCAUGGAUCCUCAAUAUGGUAUAGCAUCGAUAGACGAAGAUGGGAACGUUACUUCUCAGGUUUACUUGUAUCGCGAUGGAUCACUUUAUUGGCAGCUCAACCUUGUGCACCCUUAUUUCACUGUCGAGAGAGUCAAGCGUCCGCUACCAAAGCCUUCGGAUCUUUCAAGCGACGGUCAAGGUGGAGAUUUUAUCGAUUGGGUCCUUGCCCUACUUGUCAUGGGGACGGUUCUGGUGGGAAUCGUAAUGAUUAUUCAUCAAAUGAACAUAAAGAUAUUGCACCGAUAUUACUACCUGCAGCGCUGGUUCUUCAAUCCAACGGAACAUGAUUACGAAGGCGAUAUGCUGGUGUCUGAUUCUGUCGAACUCGGCGAAGACGCCGUUCCAAUCACAAUGGGUGGAAAGAGAACGUUUGCAACAGCCGGAUAUCGCGGCCACUCUUCGCCUCAUGAUGACUUUGAUCUGCCUGAUAAUUUUGAUGACGAUGACAUUGCAGCAUCAACAGGUGAUGUUGAGAUGCGAGAAAUAUCACCGACAUCAUCUGGCUUGCAGCGAAUGGCAUCUGGGGAAUCAUUCGACGGUUCUAAUGACUCGGUAGAUGACUAUGCUUCGAGAUUGAUGUCGAAGCAUCCAGAUAUGGUAGAUCUCCCUACCUUAUCAUCGAAGUCCAAAGUUGCUACCCCAGUUGGAAUGGCGAACGGGAAAAGAAUAUCCGGCGACAGCUUUGACUCAGUUUAG